UUUUUGUUUUUUUUUUAAAGAAUAAAAAGAAGACGUUCACAGAAACUCCUUGUGGGAAGCUUUGAAGACCCUGAACAGUGUUGGACCUGCCUUACACAAAGGAUGAUGGAGGACCCCACAGCCGUCUCUUCUAGCUCCUGACUGACAGCUGCUGUGAAGUGUAACUAUGGCGACAGAGGUGGAGGCGGAGCUGCUGGAGAGCCGUCUGAGCAUGGAGGACUUUAUGAAGAUGCAGAGUCUGUUCCUGCUGUCUGACAGCUCCGGUUUGCCGGUGUCCAUGCAGCGGGCAGAGUUUGUGGAGCAGUGCUGCUCUGUGAUUGGCUGUGGCUCUCAGGAAGAGUACGGCCGCUUGUUUGACAGUGUGGACGUGUCCAGAGAGGGAUGGGUGGACUGGGAGCGAUUGGCCUCGUUCCUUCUGCUGGGCCUGUCCAAUAAGGAGGAGCACGCCAGGGCGGCGGCCGUGCCCCGCUGGAGACCCGCCCGCACACUGCCCGCACCGCACAGAGACACCAUACACAGCAUCACCCACCUGCCCACCAGCAGACGGUACCUCAGCGUGAGUAAAGAGGGCACACUGGCCGUGUGGGACGAGAAGAGCCUCACACUGCUCCGGAACCACCGUCUCAGCAAUGACUCAGUCAAACCCAAAGACCUCUGGGUAACGGGCAUGGUGGUGCUGCCCAACGUGCACAAGAUUGCCUGUUCCUUCACCAGUAAGGAGAUCUGUUUCUAUGACCUGCUCUCUAAGCAGGAGUUCAGUCUGCAGUAUAAGCUCCAUGGCCUGCGUUACACUCCCAUCAGCCUCCACUACUGGCAUCAUCCCCAACGUCCAGAGCAGGCCGUGCUUAGCUUUGGGGACGUAGGGGGACAGGUGAGUGGUGUGUGUUUCAGGUCUGCGCUGAUCUCUCUGUUCGGGCGGCCGAGUGCAGCUGUGGAGCAAGACUCUGCGGUCAGUAUCAGCUGGGCCGAGCUCCAGCAGGGUCUCCAUCACUGCUGCUACACCGUCACACACACUGCGCACACAGGACACUGGGUACGCACAGUGCAGUUCCUGGGAUCUCUGGAAGCCUUUGUGUCCUGCAGCAGUUCCGCUCAAACCAGCAUGGUACUGGCCUGGAGAGAGGGUGAGACCAGACCUCUCAGAGUUACUGCUUUCCACACAGAGAAUGGAAUCACUGAUCUGGACUACCAUCCUGGACUCAACUUCAUUGCCACAGCAGGUGUGAAUAACCAGGUGUGCCUCUGGAACCCCUACCUCAUCUCCAAACCUGUGGGUGUCCUCCGAGGUCAUGUGACCAGCGUGGUGGCAGUGCGCUUCAUGCUGGGAAAAAAGCAACUGAUCAGCUUUUCAAAAGACAAGGUGUUAAGGGUGUGGGAUGUGGCCACUCAGCUGUGCGUCCAGCGCAUUGCGGGAAUCUUCCCUAAAACUCAGGAGUGCAGGACCCUCCUCUUCUUCCACGAGGAGCGAUCGCGCCUCUUCCUCUCCUUCAACAGUGCUCUGCUCCUGCUGGAGGCGAAGAAAGAGUCGGGGAAGAGAGUGAUGAGUCACGAAAGCGCUGUCACCUGCGUCCUCUACAACUCCCUGUUCAGACAGGUCGUCAGCAGUGACGCCAGCUCAGCAGUGACUUGCUGGCUCAUGGACACAGGUCAGAAGGUCAAGCAGUUUCAUCGCUGUCACGGCGAUGCAGAGAUCUCGACCAUGGUGCUGGACGCCACGCAGACGAGACUUUUCACCGCCGGCACGGACGGCGUGGUCAAGGUGUGGGACUUUAACGGACACUGUCACCACAGCCUAAACGCAGGCAGAGGCCUGGCGGUGGAGAUCUCUCAGAUACUGGUGCUGAAGAGGACAGUGCUGGUGCUCGGCUGGGAGAGGAUGAUCACAGUGUUCAGGCUGAACUCGUUCUCUCAGUAUUUUGUCCAGCCGGCGGAGUGGAAGGGUGGAGUUCAGCACCGGGACGAUAUUCUCUGUGCAGCUUUCAGAUCCCCUCAGACUUUGGUUACAGGCAGCAGUGAUGGUGAAAUUAUUGUGUGGAACAACAGCACUGAAAAUGCCCUUCGCAAGCUCAACUCGGACACUCGACCCCAGGACCUGACAUCCAAGUCAGGUUAGGAGGACUCAGAGAGUUAUGGCAUCACCAGACUGGCUUUUUUGGAAGGCCGAAAGGGAGCAGCUGCAUCAGGUGGGGCCGAUCUCGUAUCCUGUGGGGGUUCAGGUGUUGUCCGUUUCUGGAACACCGUAAGCAGUCGUCUUGUGGGUGAGUUUGUGGCCCACAAAGAUUCGGGGUCCAUCAUUCUGACAGUGGACAGCAGUGGACGCUACCUGGCCACAGCAGACAUGGCCGGAAGGGUGAAGGUGUGGGACAUACAGGAUUACUGCCUCCACCCCACUGAAACCGUAACCAGUCAGGCUCCAGCGCUGCUCUCCAGUCUCCGGCCUCAUGUCGACUGCGUCACCCACCUUGAGACGUGUGUUCAUGGUGACCAGCUCUUCCUCCUCAGCGCCUCGACGGACUGCAGCCUGGCCCUCAGCUUCUUGCCUGGACCCACCAUUGGGAUCUUCGGUCAGGAGGCGCACUGGCACUUGGGUGGACCUGGUGUAGGCUUGCUGGAGAAAGUGAAGGAGGUGAAAAGUGAGAUGAGUCGAGAGACAGAGGAGUCCAGGAAAGUCCAGCGAAAACUCUGUCUGCAAUCCAGAAAGUCCAGAGAUUGCCUGGAGGAGAGAGUGUCCAAACACUUUUAUAUCACGCAACCCCACAUCCUCGGUGACAGUGUUGGCGAGCAAGGGCAGGACUCCGAGGACGGGCGUGGCGUAGGCCUGCAGCUGAGUGACAGCAAGCGGCGUCCGUAUGUGAACGGUGUGCAGAACAGCUCUGUCGGUACAUUCAGUGAGCUCAGACUGGAGGAGCUGGACACGGUUGGUGAACUGACCAAGCCUGACUUUGUCAUCAAUCCUCAUUUAUAUUUCGGAAUGAUGUGGGAAUCCUCCACCCCGACUCCGCCUCCACCUCCGGAAACCAGAGAAAGUUUGAAAGCCGCGUUUGAUGAGAAGACUCUAUUUCCUAAAGAAGUGUUGGAGCAGGUGGACAGGCCUCCGGGAGCUCAGCGUCAUGCACAGAGAGUCAGCAUGAUGAGGAAUUAUGGGAGGUUCAUCAGCAGGAGUCUGGGAAAACCCAAGGCCAGCACCUCUGGAGUAUUCAAAGCCAAGUGAAGCUUCUCUCACCUUUCUGGAUGUUUACAAA